AUGACGGAAGCACUCAUAGACAGUCAAACUAGCGCCAAUGAUGCUACCACCACCAAAAUACGGCAGAUUCAGGUCAUUUUGUUGCGACACGGCGAACGAGAGGAUGAAGCAGAGGCGUAUGAUAAGAGUCAAAAGACACAGCAAGAACGAGUUGAUCCAGCCCUAACUGUGCUUGGACACCAACAAUCCCUUGGGGCUUGGAGAAAUAUUCUGGCCUAUGUCCCAAAUGAUAAACCAGUCAUGAUUGCAUGCAGUCCCUUGCGAAGAUGCAUCGGGACGGCACUGAUGGUGGCUGCCGCUGCGUUGACUUCCAAUCCUGAAGAGAAGGUUCCUAAAAUCGUGUUACCUACCGACGAUGUCAACGAUCAGCAGGAUACGGCUGAGGGUGCUGAAAAAACUAUUCCGGUGUUGGUCAUGAAUGGAUUGGGAGACUGCGCCGCUCAAAUGCGUCAUAUGGGAGGCAUCGGGAAGGUUGUCAAAGCUGGUUGGCUGGCAUGUGCUGCAUCACCUGUCAAUGAUUGUUGUCGUAUUGAUACAAAAAUAGCAGACACGGCAGCGACGCCUGUUACAACAACACCCCUACAAAACUCACUACGGAGGAUUGCCAAAAAGGGGGGGCACUUGCAAACCAGAUGGGGUGAUACAAUCGUCACGCAAAGCUGCAAACUUCAAUUGUGGAGAGAAUCUAAAUAUCACUCGUCCGAAUCCAUUCCUACCUCGGAUUUGUCGAUAAUGACAGAACCGCGGACCAUACAAGAACACGAAGAUGCGGGUGCUGGUUCGACAAGCAGUCGUUUGGAUGAUCCCGUUCCAAUGCCCAGAAAUGCUCCGUCUGCUGAGGAACAAUUUGAACAGACUUUGGAACGUGCCGUUCUGUUAACCGCACAUGCUGGAUUGGAAACUUGCAUUUUGGUCACCCACCGAGAAGCCAUUCGAUGGAUCGAAGAACACCGAGUGGUGGGGGAAGAGAGCCCAGAAGCAACGGGAGAGGAUGGCGAACAACAGAAAGAUAAAUUGAAUCUCUCGGCAAUCAGGAGCACCACGAGAACGUAUUGUUGUGUUGCUGACUACAAGGUGUCGCUGGAUUUGACGGAUUCCGAGAAACCUCAAUUUCUGAGCUGGGAAACUCAGAAAAUUGUCCCAUGGUCAGCAUUGCACCGAGACCAAGAAUAG